CUGGCAACAUUAAGUCGUACUUCAAUUUGGUUUCAAUACAGUACAGGCGUGAAUUUUAGUUAUAUUUUAAUCGUGUUUAAAAAUUUAAAAUGUAUACAGUCUCUAAAGGACCCAGCAAGAUUGUCGCGAAAACACGAAGAGGUCUCACACAAAAUUUAGAAAGAUUAGAUAGCCGUAAAGACUAUAAUAGAAAAUCUUCAGAAUCGGACAAUGGAGAAAUCAUAAGCAUGCCUAAACCAGUUUUUCAUUCCAAUGGCAAAAAAACUGUGCACCAAAGAAUACAGCACCAUGUGAUUACCCCACAGCAUGAAGAAAUCAUAAGAUAUAUUAGUGAAACUUGGACACAAACAGCAAAUGGAGACAGUGAACCUACAACACCAACAAGUACUAUUGGAUCCGGCAGUUCCUCACCGACACCUCCCUCAAACCUGUAUUAUCAAGAUGAUAACCCCAGUCCCGUGUUACAUGACUUCAAGCCAUUUGAUCUUGAGACAUGGUGGGGCAAGAGACUGUUCCAAAACAUCACAAACUCCCUUUGAGCCUCGAAGAUUCGUAGAAAUAAAAUGGGAACAUGAAUUUUUUCGAUAGCGUAAGUCACAAUCAAUUGCAGUUUACUAAAUUUUAUAAAUGUUUACAUAAUAUGUAAUGCAAACUAUUUUCGUGAUGCAAUUUUUCAUGCAGUAUAUGUCAUCUUAUCUUCUCAUUGUCAUAUUAGUCUGGUUGAAAUGAUUCUGAUAAAUCUUACAGGGUUUUGAAGAGAUGUCACAAUAUAGAUUAAUGUCUAUGAUACAUAUGUAUGUUUAUAAAUAGCUUCCGCUUUACUAUACCCACUCUAGUCUGUUUUACAUAAAUUUAGUAAUCUGCAGUUGAUUGUGGAUCUCAAUAGAUAACACCUUAUUUUAUAUCUUAAGAAAUCUUUCCAGAGCUCAAUUAUUUUUGCAACUGGCUUGCAAUGUUGUUUGAACCAAUAUUCUUUAAGUUUGUUUGUUUUGUUGGAUGAAUGUCGUUUUUCCUUUAUGAUAUGAUAUUAAAUUUUUACGAAUAUCCGAAUAAUAUAAAAUAUAUACCAAAGAUUUUUAAACAUUUUAAAAUGCUUGUUUUGCUAAAUAUAUCUCUUGUUUUAUGUAAAAUGAAGAAAUUCAUUACAGCAAUCAUAUUAUAUUAUUUACUAAGAUAUUUGUAUCCUGUGUUUACAGAAAAGUACAGAUACAAUAAAAAAUAAUUAUAAUUGUUAUUGAUAUUGUUAACAAUUAGCGUCAUUAUCACUAUUGAAAGUGCCUAAUUACAUUAAAACAUAUGCUACUCUGUGUAAAGUAUUAGAAUAUUUACUAAUAUUAUGUCUUUUAUAACACUAUCAGUAAAUAUGGAUUCAUACACAGCUAAAAUACUUUAAAUGCAAAUGAAAUUCAUAAUAUGAAUAAUUAUUGAUUGUUUCAUGACCCUAUCUUAAAUAAUGCAUUGUACAAAAUGUUUUGUUGUACAUUUUAACAUUUUUUUUGUAGUGCUGAAAAAUAUGAAAUUAUAUGUGAAAUUCAAUAUUGACAUAAAGUUUCAUAUUGACCUUAUAAAAUUUCUGCAAUACAUACAUCUCAUCACAUUUUUUUUUGUAUAAAAUAUUUACCCAUGUUAAGAAAUCAGUAUGUUGAUCAUGCAUUUUAGCUUUAAACAAUAAAAAAAAUUGUUGAUAUGGUUGGAAUGCCAUAGAAAGUCUUUUGAAUUGUUAUGUUUUAAGCUUCUAGUGCUUAAAGCGUGCGUGUCUUCCAUUUUGAUUGGAUAAUUUUAUACAAAUCUUUGGAAUAUUGGUUUUGUUCAUUGUUUUUGUUUUUUUUUAUCAAAUGGAUUUUUAUAUAAAAAUGAUCGAUGAUCGCUUAAAAAAUAUAUUUCCACUAAUAGUAAUAUGUUAGUUGAUUGUUUCUAUUUAUGAGUAAGCCAAAAACAAAUUAGAUGUUUAUUUACUGUCGAAUGCUUACCACAAAACGAUUCGAUUUUGUUUCCUAAUUACAAUAUGAAAUAAUAAUACAGAUCGAAUUUAAGUAUAUAUUAUAGAGAUUUUAGCAAUAUUUUUAAAAAUGUGAGCAUGUUUAAUCGUUCAAAAUAUUUUUCGAACAAUAAUAUUGUUGAAAAAUGAACAAAAACACCGACAUACUAGGAAUAUUGAUCCUUUUAGAUGGAAUAUUUGAGUAGUGAUAUAGCUGGAGGUAGAAUAUUUUUAGACUGAUUUAGUUAAUUAAAGUUAUGCUUUUUGUUGUAGUUUAAUAAACCACCUGACAAAGUU